AGUGGGGGCAUCACGCAGGCGCAGUGUGAAUAAACUGGUUAGUGACGAGAUGCAGGAAACUGUUUUGGUUUGGUAGAGCGGUUUUAAAAACAGUGUUUUAAUUUGUUUUGGGUUGACUUCGCUACUGACUUGAUGAGUGCAAAAUAAACCCCGUUUUAAAUGAGUCAUUCGCGUUUAUUAACUAGACUAUUCAAAGCUGUUGUAACGUUUUAGUUAGGUCAUUUUUAAGAAUAAAAAGAGGCGGCCUCCAACCACGCCGCACUUUCCUACAACUGGAACCGCCCUACAAGCACUGUAACGAGAGGGCUUUCUCAUCACCCCGCAAAAUCAAAAACAUACGAAACUACUCCUCUAGGGCUAACACAAUGUCAAAAAAAGAUAACAAAACGAAAAAGUCUCAGAGCAAGAAUACACCACUAUCCCCUGAAGUUCCCACAGGUCCAGUGUCACGUGAUAAAACAGGCUGCCUGACCAUCAUCAUACAUGCCAAACCUGGGGCCAAACAAAACGCCAUUACAGAUGUAUCAACAGAAGCAGUCGGUGUCGCUAUAGCAGCACCUCCCUCAGACGGGGAAGCCAAUGCAGAACUUGUUUGGUAUCUCUCCAAGGUCCUGGAACUGAAGAAAAGUCAAGUAACCCUAGAUAAGGGCUGUAAAUCUCGAGAGAAGAUAGUGAAGCUUUCAGCGUCUGUAAGUCCAGAAGAGGUUCUGGAGAGACUGAAAAAGGAAGCUGCCAACAGCUAAGAGGAUUAGAGGGCGAUCAUGCCACAUUUCAGAUUGGUUGACCUGCCAGCUGGGCAAAAAACUGUAUCCAUGGAAACGGAACACAGUGUCGGAAGAUAAAAUGAACUGGAUGAGUGAUACAGUAACCAUUCAUACAGUCCCUCUGACCCUUGAGAAAUGACCUACCUCAUCAUUAAAUCAUUUUAGUAUUGUAAGUAAAGAGCUGAUGAAAAGGUAAAAGAUGAAUACACACAGCGAAAUACAUAAAGCAAGUUACUGGAGUAUUGUAAUAUUUGGGACCUGCAAUUAGAUGUGUAAAAUCUUCAAAGGGAUCUGGAUUUUAAAGGAUCAAAGAUAACUCGGGGGUUCAUACACACAGUAAUAUUUGCACUGGGUUCAUUAAGUAAUGUUAUAUGUUGUUUAAAGCUGUUUCAUUAAUAUCAAUGGUCGUGCUUAUAUCAAAGUCCUUAGCUAGAGGGUUUUUUUUUUAUAUGAACCUGCCUGGAUAAAAAUCAGCAUGUGAGUUUCUUAUAGCACAUGACAAUUGAAACUAGACUUACAUAUUCUUAUGUGCUGUUAGAUGGAGCAUGGAUCUGUUUCACAGCUCAGAUCAUUCCAGUGAUUUUAACCAUAUCCAGCAAAGCAAACUAGUUACUUCUGUGUUGCCCAUUUAUUCACAUAUUCAAAAUAAAGAUAUUGCUAACUUGUUA